AUUAUGAUAUGUAGUAACGAUAAAUUUAUACCUACAUGCAGUUAACUUAAAGAUUGGAUAGCAAUGACAUGGAAGCAAGCAAGCAUAAGUGAAACAUUUCAAAUUGUAAUUUAGGCAGUCCCGUUGGUACAAAUCCAAGCAUAAGUAUAAGGUAGUGAUUUGUUUUGGCGAUUCGAAAAAUGGGAAAUCAUCGCGACAUAUAUCAUCAAUGUUUAGCUGUAAUCCCUGUAUGCCUGCUGGAAUUUGCAAUAGCUCUCGCAUGCGGUUGGCUCGGCCCAAUGAUCAAAAUUUUCCUGGAAGAUCCAAACAGCGAGAUCAAAGCCACAGAAGAAGAAUGUUCUUGGAUUGCGAGUAUGCCAGGAUUCGGCAGAAUAUUCGGUCCUUUUUUUUCAAUCCUACUAUUGGAUGUACUAGGACGUAAAGUCAUGAUACAAAUCACAGCCGCCAUAUUCGCGGCUUUAUGGUUACCAAUUCUAUUCACCCGUUCAGUCGGCAUUUUAUGUAUCUCAUUUUUCUUUUGCGGUUUGGGAAUCGGUAUUUGCAAUGGGUUAACAGCUGUUUACAUAGGAGAAAAUUGCUCCCCAAAAAUUCGAGGUAUUCUUUGCAGCGCUAGCGUCACAUCGUUUUAUUUGGCGGUUUUAAUGCAAUACACUAUCGCAGGGUACUUAUCAUACAGCACCCUUGCGACAGUAAAUUUUAUUUUGGCAUUUUGCGGUCUAAUUUCCUGCAUAUUCUUGACCGUCGAAACGGCUCAAUUUCUCAUGCUAAAAGGUCGUUUUGAUAAAGCUGAAUCAAACAUGAUGUGGUUGAGAGGAACUGAAAACAAACACGACAUAAUUACCGAUUUCGAAAACAUCAAAGCGAACGUAGCAUCCGAGAAAUUGAAAAAGACCUCGUACAGGGAGCUAUUUUUUGCACCAGCUAAUUUCAAAAGUUUGAUUAUAGUUCUCACAUUGAAUAUGGCCCAUGCAGCUACUGGCAAUAUAGCUUUAUUCACAUACAUCUCGGUAUUAUUUCCUGAGAAUGCGCAUUUCACGUCGAAUCAAGUCACCGUGUAUUAUGGGAUCUCUCAGAUGACCUUCUGCCUCUUGGCUUCUUUCGUGAUUGAAAAGGUUAACCGGAGAUCCCUCACUUUGUUCGCAUUUUCUCUUUUUCUCGUAUGUCAUUCGGUUUCUGCGUAUUUCUUUUACGAUGCUGCCAAUAGCGAGUCUCCGUCUAAAUAUGGCUUUUGGAUAAUAUUCACCAUGGUUUGUUUAUUUUGUGGAUUCAGCGCAGUGCUCGACUCAGUCGUCCAUAUGAUCAGAGGAGAAUUAUUUCCCCAGAGUAUUAAACCAAUUGGGUCUGGACUGGCUAUAGCGACGCAUUCUCUAGCACAAUUUUUUACUGUUAAGAUAUUUUUGAUGAUUAAAUCCCAAUAUGGUAUUUAUAUGAAUUUCGUUGGAUAUGCUGUCGGCAGUGUAGCCGCAUUUUGGUUCACUUAUUUCUUCCUACCCGAAACCAGGGGAAAAACUUUAAUUGAGAUUCAGAAAUCAUUAGAAAAACGAAAAUGAAGGUUUUUCCUCGAUACAGAAAACUAGUAGAAAUUGAGAGAUGGGGAAUAAUAAUAUGCAGUACCUCUACCUAUCAAAUAACCUAUUCAUUUAAUGGAAUUGAUGCCGGUUUUAUUUUAUGUACAUGUAUAUGAUCAGAAAUAUAUGACUACCUUUUUUGAAGUA